ACGCGCUGGGAGAGCACGAAACGAAACGAAACGAAACGAAAGGUGGACCGGAGGAGAAGGAAGAAGAGGGGAAGGUAUUCCUGUGGAGGGACUGUGAGCGUGGCGGAAGACCGGGAAGCGCGCGGAGCGACGUCGGAGACGAGGGGCGAGGGGGUCGGCUGUGCGCGCUUUUUCAUCGAAGGAAUCUCCUGUCGCGCUGACGGUCUCCCGCUUGUUCUGUCCCGCCCAUCGGCCUGGGUCUGGGUCGUUGGCGUUGACGGUCUCCCGCCUGUCUGUGCUCGAAGAGAAAGGAAGAGAAAGGAAGAGAAAGGAACGAGGAGGGGACUGUAGAGAGAAGGCGGGAAAUAGCACAGACCGUGUCUGUCGGCGGACAGAUAGGCGGGAAGGGCAGAUCUCUGUCGAAAUUUUGUAAAUGAGGAGUCUGUGUAGGGACGGCUCGAAGAUCCGUAGUGCAGGUGGUGAAGCGCUCUUCGCUCGGCGACUAUCAUUGCUGUAGCUUUGAGAAGCACGGAGACAACCGGCGAAGAUGGAGGCCUUCUUCUUGAUACUGUUUGUGAUCCUCUUCGUUGUGUGCGCAACGAUGGAGUUCAGCAAGGGUGCAAAAGACAGGAUUCAAGCAUCAUCAAGCUUCAAUGCUUUCAAGAAUAAUUACCUGGCGGUCUACUGUCUGAUGAUGGCGGGUGACUGGCUCCAAGGCCCGUAUGUAUAUCGGCUGUACGAGUACUACAAAUUCUCCGUCAAAGAGAUUGGGAGGUUGUUCAUUGCAGGAUUUGGUUCGUCCAUGAUCUUUGGGACUAUUGUGGGGUCCCUCGCCGAUAAGCAUGGACGAAAACUGGCCUCCAUUAUAUACUGCAUUACAUAUAUUUUGAGCUGCUUCACCAAGCAUUCCUCUCAGUAUGGUUGGCUGAUGGUGGGGCGAGUGCUUGGGGGCAUUGCAACAUCACUUCUCUUCUCUGCGUUUGAGUCCUGGCUUGUUGCAGAACAUUUCAAGAGGGGUUUCGAGGCACAGUGGCUGUCCAUCACUUUCUCCAAGGCCAUCUUUCUGGGUAACGGCUUGGUUGCUAUCAUAGCUGGCCUUAUUGCCAAUACCCUUGUGGUGAAUCUGGACUUUGGGCCAGUUUCUCCUUUUGAUGCAGCUGUGUUUUUCCUCACAAUCGGGUUGUGCGUCAUCUUGUACACCUGGACGGAAAAUUAUGGUGAUCCCUCAGAGAAUAAGACGUUGCAGCAGCAGUUCAAGACCGCAGCCGCUGCAAUUACCUCAGAUGAGAAGAUUGCUCUCCUGGGAGCCAUCCAGUCCCUGUUUGAGGGUUCCAUGUACACGUUUGUCUUCCUCUGGACACCUGCCCUCAGCCCCCACGGGGAGAAGAUUCCUCAUGGAUUCAUCUUUGCCACUUUCAUGUUGGCCUCCAUGAUUGGCAGCUCACUCGCGUCAAGGCUGAUGGCACGGGCAACCCUUAAAAUUGAAAGUUACAUGGAGCUCGUUUUUGGUGUUUCUGCACUGGCGCUGCUCGUGCCUGUCUAUGCUCAGGUGUUCCUCGAUGCUGGAGAGCCAGAGGAUAAGGAAGGCCCACUCUCUGCUUCCAUUCGGUUGCAAAUGAUUGGUUUCUUGGUAUUCGAGGCCUGUGUUGGAAUUUUCUGGCCUUCAAUCAUGAAGAUGAGAAGCCAGUACAUUCCAGAGGAAUCACGAUCAACGAUUAUGAACUUCUUCAGAAUUCCGCUGAACAUUUUUGUCUGCAUCGUCCUUUACAAUGUGAGCAAGUUUCCCAUUACAGCUAUGUUUGGAAUGUGUGCGGGCUUCCUCGUGCUGGCGGGUGUUCUGCAAAGGCGAUUAUCUGUUGUAGCAGAGACUGAGAGGUCUCGUUCAAAACCCGCCGACGUUGAGAAGGAUCUCUCUGCUGCAUCUGAUCCACUUCUAUCUUGAGAACGCUACUUCUCUGGUGCUAGUCUUGAUGUCAACAAUUAAGUGGACGAUGUCCUGAUGGUGCUUGAAGGAAGGACCGUGCGCCAGAUGAUGUGCGUGUUUAUACUGCUUUUAAGGAGAAAAAAGAGCGCUAGAAGGGGUGGAAUCCUUCCUAAGUGGUGAACUUCGGUAGAGGAGUGUGUGUGUGUGCGUGUGCGUGUGGGUGUGUGUGUGUGUGUGUGCGUGUGUGUGUGUGUGUGUGUGUGUGUGUGUGUGUGAGAGAGAGAGAGAGAGAGAGAGGACAAAGCCAGAGAAGGUGACUGAUUCCUUGUUGUGUUCUUGAGAGCACAGAGUGAAAUAUGCCGGUUGUGAGGUGCUAAGAGGUUUCAAGGCAGUUGUAUCCUCAGGCCUUACUGAGCAUUGUGGUCGUUCCAUCUUGAGGGCCCUGAAGUUGAGGGGAAUGUACUUAGGUAGGUUAAUCGGGCGGGCGUCAAGUAUUUUCGUCCUCUUCGUUUUUGGUAAGGUGAUGGGUAGACUUGUUGAGCUUAUUUAUGAAUGCUUUGAUGUACUUCUCUUGAAAUUGUUUGGAGUUUUGCCUUAGUGUCCAACGAUUCUUUUCGAAGUUGGCAUUCCCUGAAGAGAGCUCUUGCCGAAGCUUGUCCUUGUUGCUGCAGGAUGCAUAAGGGCUCCUCUGCCUGAAGUGUGUGGAGUAGUGCGGAGAAUCAUCAAGGAGCGAUCAAGUCAUUUCUGUUGUAUGCAGCACGAUGGAGUGCUUGGCGAAUAGUGGGCCAGUGAGGAAUUGGCUGCUGAUAUGGGUGAUUUCAGUUUAGCUGAUGUGCAAGGAAGAUGUCGGAGGAUGUGCAAGGAAGGAAGUGCGCAGAGGAAUGGGAGUGCCAGGAUAGCCAAAGCAGAAGCUGAAGUGAGUCAAGGGACAAUUAUUUGCUGCUGUUGUUUUAUGUCGCUGGGUAAGGUAUUGUAAUGUAGAGUAGUGCUUCAAUUGAUUGUAGGAGGGGGAAGGGUGGGUGUAGUCUGGGUGUCUCGAGUAACCGGACAUGGAAAAGAUUCUUUCUUGACAGGGUACGCGGAAGGCAUGAACUGCUCGUGAUGGUGGUUUUUUUUUCAUGCUGCUGAUCUUGAACUUGGUAUGAUUAUCAAGUUGAGCUCAGUGUGAAGAGACUGGCUCUCUUGAGAGAGUAGCAUUUCCAAAACGUGCCAGGGCUAUACUCACACGAGUCGACUUUUUCCGACUACUGCAAUUGCAGACACGUGCUGCGCGACCCGUGCGUAGUUGUAGCGAAGUCGUAGUGCGAGUUUGCCCUCAGCAUAUCACUGCCCUCUGUUUUUACGAUUCCGGGAACUUUGUUUUGUGGCUGGAUGGUCGGCAAUAAUUGACCCCCUCUCUGACGGCAUGCCAUUUUCAUGUUGGCUGCCGCAGAGGGAGUGGAGGGAGGAGGAGAAAGGUUACGAGUGGGGAUAUGAUCACCAGAUGUUGUGCUGAUUGGUGUGUAUUACACCACCAUGUACAUAAGACAUCUGUUUAGGUGAUUGGAUUGGAGUUGUUGCAAGCUUUGACAUGUUGGUCUUGAUGUGUCACUUAUGACAGGCAGGAGAGCAUUCAAAACCACGACUCUGCUCAUUUUCUCUUUUUCUGUUUCUCUUGUAGGGACUUUUUCUGAUCUGGUGGUUCACUUCUGUCAUAAGGGAACAGCCGUCAUAAGGGAAUGGAGAGCGUCCUUUUCCAGUGCAGAGGAGUUGAUGUAGGAACGGGUAAUCCUUUCGAGGAUCCUUACGGUGGAGACAUUUUGCAUUUACGGGCACAUUUGCUGUCGACUCUCUUAUUUUCUGCAAGUAACGACUUUAUUUGAUACGCCUCGUCUUGGUAUCAUACGUUCAUUGACUUGUAGAUGGAAUGCAAUGUUGUGAAGGGGUCCACUGACGCGUUGGAAACGUGCGUGUCGAUGAUUUGUCGGUUUUCAGUGAUCUGCCCGGGAUUGCAAGA